CUCCGCUCCCAGAGUGACGCAAAGUCACGGUACAUGGAUAUGGCGGAUGUUUUAUCGUUUAAGGAAUCAAUUGUGGUCUACUUAGACAGAAGUGGUGGCUUUAAGAAACUAGAGGACGACUGCAGGCCUCUAAAUGACCCACAGCGGACCGAAGCAGUCUACAAAUUCUGCAUCCGCGUCAAUCCCUCCGAUGUGAUGGAGAUAGACCCCCUGCUAGGGGAUUUAGUUCUGCACAACCCCCUCAAGGCAACCUAUCUUUUUCAAACUGUCUGCUUUCUGGCCAUAAAGACACUUUCACUUACCGAGAAAAUAUGCACGGAAAGCCAGGUGAAUGUUACUCUGAACUUCACACACCUUCCUCCAUUCCCUGAGUACAUGUUGGACCUUUGCAAAUUUCCUCGAGUGUAUGGCCCCAUGAGGCCUGUCUGCAUGGAGGGCUUUGUAAUUGCCAUGACCAGGGUCACAAAGUACACUCAGGGGGCAAGGUUCCUCUGUGUUAAUGAUGACUGCCCUUGCUCCACAGGGUUCCACCACAUCCGAGUCCACACACCAGGAGCAACAGAGUCCGCCACUGUGAGAAAUGACUUCACAUGCAUGGUCUGCAGCUCCCAGCUAAAAGAAGAUAUGAAGUUCAGAGUUUUGGGAGUGCAUGUUCUUUUUGGCACAGAUAAACAGCUGGUGGAGCUAAUUCAUCCUAAAGCAUUGGAGGCUUUAAAAGGGAACCAGCAAAGCCCACUCAGAUACCAAUCGGUUACUGUGUUCCUCAGAGAUGAGUUGUGCAACUCCAUGAGAAUCGGCCAGCUCUACUCGGUGCUAGGCAUUCCCGCCCUUGUGCACCAAUGGCCCAACAUCACCUGGAACGUAGAGGCCAACAACGUCCAACAGUCGGAGCCAAAGAGCUGCAGCAAACUCCCAACCAAAUUCCGGGAGCUGCUGAAUGGCACGGCCUCCUCUGCAUGGAGGUUCUCCGCCAUCGCAGCUCACUGCUUUGGGUUGGAGGUGGCUCCUCCAGGAUUGUACAACACUGUUAAGUUCAUCUUGCUGCUCAGCCUAGUCCAAACUAACACAAGUAUAAAUUACACAUUUCAGUACCUCAAUGUCCUUGUUGUCACAAGUGAAACACUCAUAAUGGACAGACUCAUGGCGCACAGCUUGAGGUUGGCGUUCCGCGGGGUCAGACAUCAGGCCUCAGGGGAGAUGUUUGCAUCUCUGUCUCGGGAUGAGCACGGAGCAGGUGCUGCAAACAUCCACGCUGGCUCUGCCUUACUGGCCACUGGGGGCAUUUGCAUGUUGGGAGACAUCAGCUGUUACAAGAAGGACAAACUAGACCACAUUCAGUCAGUUCUAGAAAGCCACACAGCUUCCGUCUUUAUCCCUGGUAAGAAGUUUGGUGAAGAUGCUGACCAGAUGCUGUCUUUACCGGUCCAGUGCAGCUUCUGGGCCCUCACAGAGUCCUCUCAGAGGUCUGGAAAACUGGACUCUGCUGUGCUGGGAACUGCAGAAAUGGGUCCUGUGCCACUUCAGUUUUCAGAAGCCUUUGGCCUCAUCAUCGAGUGCAAGGAAAGGGUAGGACAACAGGCUCAGCUGGCCCAGACUCUGCACACCCUCCAGCAAGCGGUCCACCCUGGACUCCUGAACUAUCCGCUCCGCUGGGAGUUUUCUACUCAAGAUUACGCAGAGUUGGUAUCCUGUGCUCGGGAUUUGCAAGUAGAACUUCUCCCUGCAGCAAAGGCGUUAAUCCACGGAUACUACAUGGCGAGCCGUAGAGCUCGCACGCAGAGUCAUGGUGUCAAGAUAUCUGCGGCUUCCAUCAAACUGCUGAUCUCGUUGGCUGAAGCUCACUGCAAACUGUGCCUCAGGACUGAAGUACUCGAGGAGGACGCCGUGAUUGCCGUGCUGCUUUGUGAAAACGCCGUCACCCUUAAGCAUGGUGCAUCUACACUCUUCCUUCCACCUGAACCUGUGUUCCCCUGUGAUGUGGGGGAAGCGGAUGGUUUGCACAAAAGAGACAUAAUGCUGGAUGAGCUCCACCAAAAUAUCCUGCGGUUCAUCUACACUUAUGCCCCUGGAGCUGACACAUACAUCACUGAAGAGUAGGACAUUAAAAAAAGAGGCUCAAAGUUUAAGAGUUCGAGUCAAAUGGGCGAUAUAGGUGGUGGCUAGUAUCAACACGUCGAGUUUGGACAGCUUGGUAUCCGGGGGCACGGAAGGCAAAGUCCUCUGCAGUUCCAGGAAGGCGUUCCUCAGGGUUUGCACCCGGCUCCUCUCCCGGGCUGCGUUCGCCGCCGCCGGGCGUCCUCUGCCGCCGAGCCCGCCGCUCUGCAGCCCUCUGGCCCGGUGGAGCUCGCGGCGGCGGCCGUCCGGACUGGGACUGGAGCUCGGGCUGGAAGCUGGGCUGUCAUCCACCACCGCAUUGGAGCAAUUUCCACUGUCCAUUCGGAGCGUCUGACUUCCAACCAUGCAGGCGCUUUUUAUGGAUCUGGAGAUUUAUGACACAUUUAUUUAUUGUUCUUAAAAAUCUAAGCUGUGUAAGAAUAUUUAAAAGUAAGUUAUUAUCACUGUUCUUUAUUUAUUAAAGCCUCCAUAAAGUAA